UUGCAUAUAGCGAGUCAUAUAUUUUCUGAACUUUUACAGCCAAAGCACUUGGCUCACAACUGGAAAGACCAACCCACAAUCACCUCUCUCAUUUCACUAUACAAAAUCUCAAAAUCCAUCAAAAAUAAAAUAAAUCAUGGCUUUCAUGAUGAGCAUGACCCCAGGCAUCCCAUCGUCACCGUCACCGUCCCCCUCACCGUCAUCGCCACCGCUCUCUCAACCACAACCACCAGCAUCUCUGCCAGUCCGUACAAUCCCCGGAGGCUACGGCUGGCCGCUGCUGGGCCCCGUCUCGGACCGCCUGGACUACUUCUGGUUCCAGGGUCCCGAAACAUUCUUCAAAAAGCGCACCGAGAAGUACAAGAGCACGGUGUUCCGUACGAAUGUCCCUCCCAGCUUCCCGCUGUUCCUGAACGUCAACCCCAACGUCGUCGCCGUCCUCGACUGCAAGUCCUUCUCGUACAUGUUCGACAUGGAGUUGGUCGAGAAGAAGAAUGUUCUUGUCGGCGACUUCAUGCCCAGUGUCAAGUUCACCGGCGACUUGAGGACCUGCGCUUAUCUUGAUACAUCUGAACCCCAACACUCUAAGAUCAAAAACUUUACCUUGGACAUCUUGAAAAGAAGCUCCAAGACAUGGGUGCCUGAGCUCACUGCCAACCUCUCAACCUUUUGGGACACAAUAGAAGCAGAUGUUUCCAAAGAUGGGAGUGCCAGCUAUUUGAUCCCACUCCAGAAGUUCAUCUUCAAGUUUUUCACUAAAUGCUUAGUUGGAGCUGACCCGGCAAGCUCGCCCAAGAUAGCGGAGUCUGGCUACGCCAUGCUCGACCGGUGGCUCGCCCUCCAGAUCCUCCCCACUGUCAAGAUUGGUGUGCUUCAGCCCCUGGAAGAGAUUUUCCUCCAUUCUUUUGCAUACCCUUCUUUUCUUGUCAGUGGAGACUACAACAAGCUUUACCAGUUUAUAGAAGAACAUGGUAAAGAAGUAGUAAAGAGAGGUGAAACCGAUUUCGGACUGACGAAAGAAGAAACAAUUCACAACCUUCUCUUUGUACUUGGUUUCAAUGCGUUUGGUGGGUUUUCUGUCUUUCUGCCUAGUUUGAUAGGCACAAUAGCAAGCGACACCACCGGUUUACAGGCCAAAAUAGUCAAAGAAGUCAGAGAAAACGCCGGUUCAACUUUGAGUUUCGACUCGGUGAAAAAUUUGCAACUGGUUCAUUCCGUAGUGUGCGAAGCCCUCCGGUUCAACCCACCGGUUCCACUCCAAUUUGCCCGGGCCAGAAAGGACUUCCAACUGAGUUCACACGACUCAAUCUUUGACAUCAAGAAGGGUGAGUUGCUCUGUGGGUUUCAACAACAGGUCAUGAGGGAUGAGAAGGUCUUCGAUGAACCGGACACGUUUAAACCGGACCGGUUCAGGAAGAACAAAGAGUUACUGAACUACUUGUACUGGUCCAACGGACCGCAGACCGGUUCACCAAGUGAGUCCAACAAGCAGUGUGCUGCAAAGGACUAUGUGACCCUCACUGCUGUUUUGCUUGUUGCGUAUGCAUUUCAAAGAUAUGAUUCAAUCACAGGAACCGGUACUUCAAUCACAGCCCUUGAGAAGGCCAAGUGAGAGAGUGGGGCGAUCGUAGCCGUUGAAAUGCGUAUGUGAUGGAUCAUAUGGUUUUUCGGAAAUUUGGUGCCUGUGUGGGGUUUUUAGGUAAUUAAGUAGAGAAGGGCAGAUAUUUGAGGGAAAAGGCCAAGACCUGGGGUGGCCAGAUUCAAUUAAAUAAAGUGAACUAGAAAUUGAAGGAAUUUAUUGUGGAUGAUGGCUUCUGGUGUGGGGUGGAUCGUGGGUCGUGGGUCAUGACCCAUGGGUCUUGCCGACCACUUCCUUGACUUUAUUUGGUAUGAUUUGACACAAAUGUGUUCAUAUUUGGGACCAUUUAGAGUUGGUUUGGUAUUUCUGUGUUUUGAAAAAAAUUUGUUUUUGCUAUAAUGUGAGAAUAAAUUCAUUUUUGUU